AUGGCUGGCGGCGUCAAGAAGCCCGUCAACAUUUUCCGUCUCAAGGACCUCGGCGAGCCCCAGGGCGUCUUCAACUGGCGUCUGUGGUUCGCCGUCGUGUCGUUUGGCCUCUUGGGUGCUGCUCGCGGCAUCGACGAGGGUCUCAUUUCGGGCGCCUUCAAUUCCCCCGACUUUCAGGCGACGAUCCGCUACAAGUCCUACUCCACCGUGGAACAGGCCAACCUCAAGGCCAACGUGUCCGCCAUGGUUCAGAUCGGCUCCGUGGCCGGUGCUCUGCUAGCCUUCUUCGUGUGCGACCGCAUCGGCCGCAUCAUGGCCACGCGGUUCCUCUGCCUUCUCUGGCUUCUCGGAAUCGCCAUCUUCAUGGUGGGCGGUGUCAAUGGCAACAUCGGCGCCAUUUAUGCAGGCAGGUUCAUUGCAGGUCUUGGCGUGGGGCAGACCCCUGUCGUGGGCCCUGUCUACAUCGCCGAAGUCGCCCCGGCCUCCAUCCGCGGUCUCUGCACCUGCUUCUUCACUGGGGCCGUCUACAUCGGCAUCGUCUUGGCCUACUUCACAAACUAUGGCGCCAGAAUCCACAUCAGCAACAGCAGCCACAACCAGUGGCUCAUCCCCACCAGCUUGCACAUCAUCAUGGCCGGCAUCAUCUUCCUCCUCACCUUUGCCCAGGUCGAAUCCCCCCGCUUCCUCGUCAAGCAGGCCAAGAGUCAGGAAGCCACCCAAGUCAUGGCUCGUUUGCGCCAGCAGCCUGCCGACAGCGAGUACGUUGUUCGCGAAAUCUCCUACAUCCAGGCGGCCCUGGACCAUGAGCUCGAAGCCACCAAGGGGGUCGGCUGGGCUGGCAAGUUGAAGGAAAUGUUCCUGGUCAAGAGCAACCUCUACCGCGUCUACCUGGCCACCAUGGUCCAGCUCCUUUCCCAAUGGUCCGGUGCCGGGUCCAUCACGCUCUACGCCCCCGACCUGUUCAAGAUCCUGGGCAUCACUGGCACCCAGGAGGGUCUUCUCGUCACGGCCGUUUUCGGCAUCGUGAAGCUGGUGGCGGCCCUGGUUUGCGCCCUGUUCCUCGUCGACGUCGUAGGCCGGAAGCGCGCCCUUCUCACCGGCAUCACGCUGCAGGCCGUCGCCAUGAUUUACGUCGCUGGCUUCCUCACGGCCGUCCCCGAGCUCGGGACCGUCAAGAACUACGCCCUGCCGCAGACCAAGAUCCCUGCCAGCCGCGGCGCCAUUGCCAUGAUUUACAUUUCGGGCUGCGGCUGGGCCCUGGGCUGGAACUCGAUGCAGUACCUUCUCACCGCCGAGCUGUUCCCCCUCCGGAUCCGAGCCCUCGCCACGUCGUGGGCCAUGACUCUUCACUUUGCGAACCAGUACGGCAACACCCGAGCUGUUCCCAACAUGCUUCUUCCCGCGUCCGAGGGCGGCAUCUCGCCCAAGGGUACCUUUUGGUGUUUUGCUGCCGUCACUAUUCUCGGCGGCAUCUGGGUGUGGUUGUCAGUUCCCGAGACCAGCGGACGGAGCCUGGAAAGCAUGGACCGCCUUUUCGAUCUUCCGUGGUACAAGAUUGGUUUGUACGGCAACAGAGAUGCCGACAAGCAGGAUGUGGCGUACGACGAGAAGCAGCGUGCCGCGGAGGAGACGCACGGCAUGGGCCAGCAUGUCGAAGAGAAGAGGGAAACAGCGUAG